AUGCGGCAGGUUUGCUGCUCAGCGCUGCCGCCGCCACUGGAGAAGGCUCGGUGCAGCAGCUACAGCUACAGCGACAGCAGCAGCAGCAGCAACAACAGCAGCAGCAGCAGCAGAAGCAGCAGCAGCAGCAACAGCAGCAGCAGCAGCAGCGAGAGCGGCGGCAGCAACAGCAACAGCGGCAGCAGCAUCUCCCGUCCCGCUGCGCCCCCAGAGCCGCGGCCGCAGCCGCAGCCGCAGCUCCGCAGCCCCGCAGCCCGGAGAGCCGCCGCCCGCUCGCGAGCCGCAGCCGCCGGCGGCAUGAGGCGCGACCCGGCCCCCGGCUUCUCGAUGCUGCUCUUCGGUGUGUCGCUCGCCUGCUACUCGCCCAGCCUCAAGUCGGUGCAGGACCAGGCGUACAAGGCACCCGUGGUGGUGGAGGGCAAGGUACAGGGACUGGCCCCGGCAGGCGGCUCCAGCUCUAACAGCACCCGCGAGCCGCCCGCCUCGGGUCGGGUGGCGCUGGUGAAGGUGCUGGACAAGUGGCCGCUCCGGAGCGGGGGGCUGCAGCGCGAGCAGGUGAUCAGCGUGGGCUCCUGUGUGCCGCUCGAAAGGAACCAGCGCUACAUCUUUUUCUUGGAGCCCACUGAGCAGCCCUUAGUUUUUAAGACGGCCUUUGCCCCGGUCGACCCUAACCGCAAAAACACCAAGAAAGAGGUGGGCAAGAUCCUGUGCACUGACUGCGCUACCCGGCCCAAGCUGAAGAAGAUGAAGAGCCAGACGGGAGAGGUGGGUGAGAAGCAGUCGCUGAAGUGUGAGGCAGCAGCGGGGAACCCCCAGCCCUCCUACCGCUGGUUCAAGGAUGGCAAGGAGCUCAACCGGAGUCGUGAUAUUCGCAUCAAGUACGGCAAUGGCAGAAAGAACUCCCGACUCCAGUUCAACAAAGUGAAGGUGGAGGAUGCGGGGGAGUAUGUCUGUGAGGCGGAGAACAUUCUUGGGAAGGACACCGUGCGGGGCCGGCUCCACGUUAACAGCGUGAGCACCACUCUGUCGUCAUGGUCGGGACAUGCCCGGAAGUGCAACGAGACGGCCAAGUCCUACUGUGUGAAUGGGGGCGUGUGCUACUACAUCGAGGGCAUCAACCAGCUCUCCUGCAAAUGUCCAAACGGAUUCUUCGGACAGAGAUGUUUGGAGAAACUGCCUUUGCGAUUGUACAUGCCAGAUCCUAAGCAAAAGCACCUUGGAUUUGAGUUAAAGGAGGCUGAGGAGCUGUACCAGAAGAGAGUCCUGACAAUUACUGGCAUCUGUGUGGCUCUGCUGGUCGUGGGCAUCGUCUGUGUGGUCGCCUACUGCAAGACCAAAAAACAGCGGAGACAGAUGCAUAACCAUCUCCGGCAGAACAUGUGUCCAGCCCACCAGAACCGGAGCCUGGCCAACGGGCCCAGCCACCCUCGGCUGGACCCUGAGGAGAUCCAGAUGGCUGAUUACAUCUCCAAAAAUGUGCCCGCCACAGAUCACAUGAUCCGGAGGGAAACUGAGACCACAUUCUCUGGGAGCCACUCCUGCUCACCUUCUCACCACUGCUCCACAGCCACGCCCACCUCCAGCCACAGACAUGAGAGCCACACGUGGAGCCUGGAACGUUCGGAGAGCAUGACCUCGGAUUCCCAGUCAGGCAUCAUGCUGUCAUCAGUGGGCACCAGCAAGUGCAACAGCCCAGCCUGUGUGGAGGCGCGAGCGCGGAGGGCAGCGGCCUACAGCCAGGAGGAGCGGCGCAGGGCUGCCGUGCCACCCUACCACGACUCCAUAGACUCCCUGCGUGACUCUCCGCACAGUGAGAGGUACGUGUCGGCCCUGACCACGCCCGCGCGCCUCUCGCCCGUGGACUUCCACUACUCGCUGGCCACGCAGGUGCCGACCUUCGAAAUCACGUCGCCCAACUCUGCGCAUGCCGUGUCGCUGCCGCCCGCCGCGCCCAUCAGCUACCGCCUGGCGGAGCAGCAGCCGCUCCUGCGGCACCCGGCGCCGCCGGGGCCUGGGCCGGGGUCCGGCGCGGACAUGCAGCGCAGCUACGACAGCUACUACUACCCCGCCAUGGGGCCCGGACCGCGGCGCAGCGCCUGCGCGCUGGGCGGCAGCUUGGGCAGCCUGCCCGCCAGCCCCUUCCGCAUCCCGGAGGACGACGAGUACGAGACCACGCAGGAGUGCGCGCCCCCGCCGCCGCCGCGGCCGCGCACGCGCGGCGCGUCCCGCAGGACGUCGGCGGGGCCACGGCGCUGGCGGCGCUCGCGCCUCAACGGGCUGGCGGCGCAGCGCGCACGCGCGGCGCGGGACUCGCUGUCGCUGAGCAGCGGCUCGGGCUGCGGCUCGGUGUCGGCCUCGGACGACGAGGCGGACGACGCGGACGGGGCGCUGGCGGCCGAGAGCACGCCUUUCCUCGGCCUGCGGGCGGCGCACGACGCGCUGCGCUCGGACUCGCCGCCGCUGUGUCCAGCGGCCGACAGCAGGACUUACUACUCCCUGGACAGCCACAGCACGCGCGCCAGCAGCAGACACAGCCGUGGGCCGCCUACGAGGGCCAAGCAGGACUCGGGGCCCCUCUAG